UUUCACUGCUGUAAUCUUAAUCCAGUCGAGAACUUUGUUCCGUUUCUCUGCAAAUCGGAGAUUCGGUUCUUCCCAGGAGCGUUAAUGGAAAUGACAUCAAAUGAAGAUGUGCAGAAGUCCAAGAGUUCUUCCAAUGAAGCUGAUCACCAUCAUGAUUAUCACGAGGAUAUGGUUCCCGAUGUGCUGAAUCAUGGUGGUGCGGAGCCGAAAUAUGAGAUUGCUGAAAAAGAAGCUAGAGGUAUACUCGAAGUUAUUGCAUCCACUGGGAAGUUUUGGCAUGAGUGGGACAAGUUAAAGGCCAUCUUAUCCUUUCAGCUGAAGCAGGUUUUGUCAGAGUAUCCUGAGACAAAAAUGACAAGUGAGCAGCAAAAUGCUUCUUUAGGAGAAACCUUUACAGAGCUGGCGAAAAGGUUGGAAGAAGCUCUUCAUAGUUUUGAUCAAGGUCCUCCAUUUACUCUUCAAAGGUUGUGUGAGAUCCUUUUGGAUGCACGGGCAAUUUACCCAAAUCUAUUAAAGCUUGCACUAGCACUUGAAAAGAAUUUAUUAGUGACGUCUAUGUUGACCAUCUCCACCGAUCCUUAUCCGCACUCAACAAUAGAGCCAAAUGAGCCUGAUGGAGCAAGUGAAGAACUGAAGCAGCAGUCUGAUUCUGUGGAAAAUGGGAUAGAACAUGCGGUGGGUGAUAAGGACGAAGUAAUGGUUGAGGUUGAAGAGGCUGAUAUUAACGAUAACAUGACCAUUGACAUGGAAGCUUUGGAGGAUAUAGUUGUACCUGGACCUUCCGAAACGAGUGCAACACCAACCAACAACUGCUAGAAAUUCGUAGCUUUCUAAGAAUUUGAUUUAAUUCUACAGAGCUCAGCAUUCCGUUUGCUUUUCACCGGAAGGACGUGAAAGUCUGGAGUUCGAUAUGAGCAAAUGUGAUUUGGUUAAGCCCCAUUGGAUUGUGAUGGUUGGCUUGGGAAACCAUAAAGUUCGCUGAGCUAUGAAGGAAGUUUAGGUCCUAGGAUGGCAAAACUGAUACUGAUAAUUUUGCUUGGAUCAUCUGUUGCUGCUUGUACAAUUCGGUUUUUAACCGAGGCUCACUUUGGCAUCCUAAGCUUUUUAAGUGUUUACCUUUGUUCAUUUUGACAAAAUUAUUUUGCACAGUGUUCAUCGUGGGAUUUUACAUUAUUAAUAUUGAUGAGUUCUUUA